GGGUACCGGGUAUUUUCAAUUCGUGAGGUCGAUUUUUUAAAAAUUGUUCUUCACCGAUCCCUUUGCGAUAAAACCGGCUAGUGGCGCUGAACCCGCAGCCAUCCUGGCCAUUACUCAAAUACACUAAUCACUGACGAUAGUAUGCAAUAAUAAGCCCGAUACGAGAUGAAUGGUGUGUGCGUGUGCACACAGCGAAUCUUUGGAGGCAGUUAACCGUGAUAGGGUGAACUCUUUACCAAUAUCUCGGGUGAAAGGAAUUCAUUCUGUUAUGAAGUUCUCGCCACUGGUGAAUUUUUCUGGGAGACAGUCUUGUUGUGACCGGCAACGAGACACAGUCGGGGCAGAAGAGAUUGUUGAGAUUGUGCGAAAAAAAUUGACUCCUGUCUCCAUCGGAGAGAAAGAGUCCAACAGAGAAGAAUCUUUCCACAUAUAGUUGGAGGAAUUGCGAAUAAAAUUGUUGUCAUCAUGUGGAUUAUUUCUGCAAUUCUCAUUGUUUGUGUGAUUAAAGUUCUCAUGGAUUGGUACAGACCCAAAAAUUUUCCCCCAGGACCUCGUGGAUUACCAUUUGUUGGGAAUAUUCUGGACGUUCGGAAUUUGGUAAAACAAACUGGUUCCCAUGGAAUCGCGUGGUGUCAGUUGGCAGAGCAAUAUGGCCCAGUCGUGGGACUACGUUUGGGCCUGGCAGAUCCGCUGAUCAUCGUUUCCGGCCGGGAGGCCGUUAUGGAGAUGCUAAGCCGACAGGAGUUCGACGGCAGGCCAAAUGGCUUCAUAUUUGCUCACAGAACUAUGGGGGAGAGACGAGGGGUCCUAUUUACUGAUGGAAAAAUUUGGAAUGAUCAGCGAAGAUUCUCUCUGAGAAAUUUGAAGGACUUUGGAUGGGGGACUCAGACCAUGGAGGAACUGAUAUUGGAGGAUGCGAUGAACCUGGUAAAAGUCAUCGCCGAAGCAGCAAAUAAUGGAGUCAUCGAGAAUUUAAGCCAAUUCACGUCUUUAGCUGUUCUCAAUAGCCUCUGGUCUUUGAUUGGUGGCUUAAGGUACGAUAUAUCAAAAGGCGACCCAAAAUUAGUAGAAACCCUAAAGAUGCUGAAUGCGGCUGUGAAAGAAUCCAGUGUCUCCGGGGGUUUGCUGAAUCAUCUCCCAUUUCUGAGGCACAUAGCACCCCAAUUCUCGGGUUACAAAGCCAUUACGGAAAGACUGCGUCUUAUGUGGUCAUUCUUUGCUGAUGAGGUAAGGUCACACAAAGAGACACGUCAAUCCGGGGUUCACAGGGACUUGAUCGAUGUGUAUCUGGAGGAAAUCGAGGCGAGACACGGGGACCCCAACUCGACGUUCAACGAAAUGCAACUCGUGGCUCUCAUAAAAGACAUCUUCAGUGCAGGAGUCGAUACAACGACCAAUAGCAUCGGUUUCGCCAUCGGAUAUCUGGCGAUUAUACCGGAAGUGCAAGAUAAAGUGCAGGAGGAGUUGGAUAGAGUAUUGGGAAGAGAAAAUUUACCAUCAGUAGCCGCUCGGCCCUCGCUGCCUUAUAUGAAUGCAACACUCGCGGAAGUUCUGCGAUUGGCAAAUAUUGGGCCGACUUCGAUUCCACACAGAGCUGUCGCUGACACUCAGCUCAAGGGCUACAAUAUCAAGAAGGAUUCUAUGAUUCUAGCGAAUUUAAUGAGUGUCCACAAGGAUAAGGAUCACUGGGGAGAUCCCGACGUGUUUAGGCCGGAGAGAUUUAUCGAUGAAAAUAAUCAAUUCAUUGCUGAUCCUUGGGUUGUGCCUUUCGGGGCAGGUCGGAGAAAAUGUUUGGGCGAAGGUCUAGCGAGAAAUAGUCACUUCCUCUUUGUCUCGUGUUUACUUCAGAAAUUCAAAUUUUCACUCCCUCCGGGUCACAGAGCACCUCCAAUGCAAGGAAUGGACGGUUUCACACUCUCUCCCCCUAUUUUUGAUAUCAUCGUAACUCCCAGACCAUUAUAGCACUCAAACUUGUAUAUUUUAUUUAUUUUUAGGAUUGUUACAAGAAUCAAAUAAAAAUGUU